UACCGAAGCCGAUGUUGAGUGGGCCGGAAGUAACUAUGACAGACCGGAAGGGACCCUACGCGAUCCCGGAAGUGUCCCGGCGCGGGGAACGGAAGAGAAGGCCGCGCUCCCCGGCGAGCAUCCAAGAUGGCGGAGGUGGGGGAGGUAACCGAGGGCUGCCGCCUGCCCGUGUUGCGUCGCAACCAGGACAACGAAGACGAAUGGCCUCUGGCUGAAAUCCUCAGUGUUAAGGACAUCAGUGGCCGGAAGCUUUUCUAUGUGCAUUACAUUGACUUUAACAAGCGUCUGGACGAAUGGGUGACCCAUGACCGGCUGGACCUGAAGAAGAUCCAGUUCCCCAAGAAGGAAGCCAAGACUCCCACCAAGAAUGGGCUGCCUGGCUCCCGGCCCAGCUCCCCAGAGCGGGAAGUGAGGAAGACCUUGGAUCUGUCUCUACAACCUGCCUCAACUCCAGCCAGCGGUAAAACCCUCCCCAUCCCAGUGCAGAUAACGCUCCGCUUUAACCUACCCAAGGAGAGGGAGGCUGUUCCCGGGGAGCCUGACCAACCCCUCUCCUCCAGCUCCUGUGUCCAGCCGAACCAUCGGACAACGAUGAGAAGCUGCCCCCGCGGGGGAUGCUGUGCAGGGGCGGACGACUGUGAAGCUUUGCAAUAUCCCAUGUGGAUGAACCAUUUUUUGGGUCUGUUUCAGAAGCGGAAGGUGGAGGUGGUUUCCCCAGCAACCCCCGUCCCUGCUUCCACAGAGACCACUCAAGCCUCUGUUUUCCCCCAGAACGGCUCAGCCAGGAGAGCAGUGGCUGCCCAGCCUGGCAGGAAGAGGAAAUCCAACUGCCUGGGCACAGAUGAGGACUCUCAGGACAGCUCUGAUGGCAUCCCCUCGGCCCCGCGCAUGACGGGCAGCCUCGUGUCGGACCGCAGCCACGACGACAUCAUCACACGCAUGAAGAACAUAGAAUGCAUCGAGCUGGGCCGGCACCGCCUGAAGCCCUGGUACUUCUCACCCUACCCGCAGGAGCUCACCACCCUGCCCGUGCUGUACCUCUGCGAGUUCUGCCUCAAAUACGUCAAGAGCCUCAAGUGCCUGCAGAGGCACCUAACUAAGUGCGACCUGCGGCACCCGCCUGGGAAUGAAAUCUACCGCAAAGGCACCAUCUCCUUCUUUGAGAUCGAUGGGCGCAAGAACAAGAGCUACUCACAGAACCUCUGCCUGCUGGCGAAGUGCUUCCUGGACCACAAGACCCUGUACUAUGACACUGACCCCUUCCUCUUCUACGUCAUGACAGAGUAUGACUGCAAGGGCUUCCACAUUGUGGGCUAUUUCUCCAAGGAGAAGGAGUCAACAGAAGACUACAAUGUGGCCUGCAUCUUGACCCUGCCCCCAUACCAGAGGCGAGGCUAUGGCAAGCUGCUCAUUGAAUUCAGCUACGAGCUCUCCAAGGUGGAAGGGAAGACAGGGACGCCAGAGAAGCCACUCUCAGACCUCGGGCUCCUCUCCUACCGCAGCUACUGGUCCCAGACCAUCCUGGAGAUCCUCAUGAACCUGAAGUCUGAGAACGGGGAGCGCCCACAGAUCACCAUCAAUGAAAUCAGUGAGAUCACCAGCAUCAAGAAGGAGGAUGUGAUCUCCACGCUGCAGUACCUGAACCUCAUCAAUUACUACAAGGGCCAGUACAUUCUGACGCUCUCAGAGGACAUAGUGGACGGGCACGAACGGGCGAUGCUGAAGCGGAUCCUGCGCAUUGACUCCAAGUGUCUGCACUUCACACCCAAGGACUGGAGCAAGAGGGGCAAGUGGUGAGAGGCAGGGCCUUAUCUGCCACCCACUCCCCCAUGGCCCUGGCAUGGGGCCUCACAGACAUCCAGCUAACAUGCAGCUCCUGGGAGUUUAUCCCAGGGCCGGGACAGACUGGGCAACAGCAUCUCCAAGGAUGAUCAUGUGCUCUGCCACAGGGCUAGGCUGGGGCUGCAUCGUUCUCCGGCCAUGGCUCGAGCUCCAUGGGAAGGGGCAGAGGCCCCCAUGCUGCUCUCCUCGUCUCAGCGCCAGGGUGAGGGCCCCCUUUGUGUGUAGGACUUGCAUCUUGCCAGGCCACCUUGUACAGUGUGGGCUGUGACCGAGGAGCCCAAAGGCUGAGAAUAGGUGGCCCUGGGCCCACAGCAGCUGGCCAGCAUUUGCAUUUCUCUGUCACUCGAUCUGAGUUUUUGAUAAAGAUCCUGGAACUAAAA